AUGAUGAAGAAAUUUGUCUUUCUUAUUCUACUGGGAGCUCUUGUCUCAGCAUCACCAUUUGCAUGUAUGGGUCCUGUUGGAGGUCCUGGCAUGCAACAAACCUUCAAGAACUGUAAAGCACCUGUUUGUCACAAUGGCCAAUUUACUGGUUAUGGUUGUAAUAAUGGUAUUUGCCCUUACAUUUGCCAUGGUGGUGCCUGCUCACAAGUUGGCGGCCCAAUGAUGGCCUCAAGCACGUUCCCUGGAAGACAAAUGGGCAACCACUUCGGCAUGGGCAACGCCUUCGGUAUGCAAGAGCCUAACUUUGGUGGCUUCGGAGGUGGAAUGAUGACUGGUAUGUCUGGAGCUGGUCCAAAUAUGAUGGAUCCAUUCGGUAACUCUGGUUUUGGUGGAUAUGAUGGAUAUGGUUAUGGACAAGAUAUGGGGUACCCACCACAGCCAUCAUCUGGCAGCAGCCGCCGUGGGCGUUCAAAGCGGGAGAGCUGUCCCAAUGGCGAUUGUGAGGAUGAUGACAAAUCUGGGGAGUCUGGUAAAGCAAAUUCCGGAAAUUCAAAUUAA